AUGGUAGUCAAUGGGGGGUCAGCCACAACAUCUGAGAGAUCCCAGCAAGCCAACAGUGCAACAAGACCCAAACAGACGAAUUCCUCAGUGGGUGAACUUAAGUCAAGUGACUUCUACAGUACAUAUACCAAUAUAUAUGCACCUAUCACCAUUGACAGCAGUUCCUCAGAUCUUGAGGAAGUAGAGAAACUGCCAGAGAAAGACGGUGAUGGACAUGAUGGGCUAACAGCUGCAGACGUAGUGUCAAAUCUGUCACUUAAUCUUAAAAAAUCAUCCUGUAGCAGAUUUAACAUUAACCGGGCAAAUGUCUGGGAUGGUGCCUUAAGAGGUUUCAGGCGAUCCUCAUUUGACCCCACCUGCAGCUUGAUGGUGAAAUUCACAGAUGAUGCGGGGCUGACUGAAGAGGCUUUGGACAGCGGGGGCCCUUCUCGUGAAUUUCUGACCCUGCUGAUGGACACCAUCAAAACCAGGAGGGUAUUUGAAGGCAAAGAAAAUGCCAAAUACCUCUCAUUUGAUUGUAAAGCUGCAGAAGACAAUGAGUAUUUCCAGAUUGGAAAAAUGAUUGCUGUCUCAAUUGUCCAUGGAGGUCCAGGGCCUCGUUGUCUUUCCCCAAAUUUCUUCCUUUACCUAAUUGGUAAAGUAAAGACAAUUGAGGCCCCAGUUGAGGACAUACCUGAUGAUGAGGUCAAGAAGACCCUCCUUGAGAUAAAGAAUGCUACAUCACUGAGUGAACUCCAGGGACUCACAGAAAAACACUCCAGCAUGCUUCAGACAGCAGGCUGCUAUCGGUUCAUGAGGACUCUGGGGGAUAAGAAUAAAGUAGUAGAUGAUUACAUUCAGUGGUAUUUCAUCUACCGAAACCAUGUUUCCAUCCAGAGGUUCAAAGAGGGACUAGCAACUCUUGAUUUUGUCAAUGCCUUGGAACAGCAUCCUUCACUCUUCUUCUCAUUCAUGUGCUACACUGAGACCAAGCUGACAGCUGAUGCUGUGGAGAACAUCUUCCAAGUGCAGUUUAGUCAACCUGGUAGCACCAACCGUCAGGAGGAGGCCAGAGUACUGAGCUACUGGCGAGAUUAUCUGCUCUACCUGGAAGAAAAAGAGACUAGUCCUUCUUUGGAAGAUGUCCUCAUGUUUGGAACUGGGCUGAAGGAAGUUCCUCCUGCAGCAAUACAGCCACAGCCACUGCUAGUCUUUCAGAAGAUCUCACGCUUUCCCAUGGCAAAUGUAUGUUCAAAUACAAUCAAAAUUCCAAUCUUACCCAGUUAUGAAGAGUUUCAAGAAGCCAUGGAUUAUGGCUUGCAAAACUCCCCUGGUUUUGGGCUUCCUUGA